AUGCGGUGCUUGCGCCGUUGCUGGGGCACCUGGCCGUCAGCGCCCUCCUCGUGCCAGCGGCUGUGGUCGCUGGAUGCCGUCAUGAGCGCGCCACAGACGUCGGUGGAGGGAUUGCUGGGCCAAGUGCGACAGCAGGCGGCAACGUCGCCAGUCUGGAGUGUCGACUUCAGUGCAUUGCUCGAGCGCUGCUUCACCGUCGGGUGCCACUCCCCUCCAUCACAGGCGCAACUCAUGGGCCGCGUGGCCGCCACCCUCGCCACCGUAUUGAGUGCCAGUGAGGCGCCGUGUGUGACGGCGCUCAGCGUUACGCUGCCAACACCGGAGGCAGCGGUGACGGUGCUGCGGCUGUGCCAGAGCACUCCCCUUCUCGCCUCUCUAGAGUCACUGGAACUCGUGGUAGACGUGGCAGCCGUGCGCACCCGGCAGGAGGGCAUGGAAGGCACGAGUGGGCACGAGGUGGCGGCGCUGCUGCGGGAGCUGGCCGCGCAUCAGCGGCGCAGAGCUGGCCAGUCUCACUGGACGUCACUCAGCGUCCGGUCGCGCGACACAAGUGCGCCCGGCGUCUUCACCGUGAGCUUGCACGCACAACCACAGCACCACGUAGUGCAGCGGCUGUGGGACGACGUCAUGGUAAGUGCCUUGGCGGAGCUCGUGGCAGCAGCGCCGUGGACUCGGGUAGCGUUUUGUCAUGCUAACCUCACCCCUAGCAGUUACCAGGCUCGUCAACGGCUUUGGGCAUCGUUCGACAGCGUUCACGCUUCUCUCGCAGUGCUGGACUUGACGGGGGUGCCGCACGCUCACGAGCUCAUUGCUUCCCGGAAGCUGCGUCACCUAACCCAUCUCUCCUCUCUCGAUGUCAGUCACACGCAGCUCGAGGAGGACGCCGUGCAAUGCCUGCUGAGGGACGUGCAGGAUGGCGUCGGUGGGUGGUGGCUGCUGCAGCAUCUGGGCUUGGCGCAGUGCGAGGUGAGCGAGGCCGUUGUGACGCUCCUGCACGAUCAACACGAGCAGCACGCGAGAAAAGAUGCGCCUUUGCUAGAAUCUUUAAACCUGUCGGGCGCCCGCCUGUCGUGUUGUGCCGCCUUCGUCAUGGCAAUGUGUCUGAUGCAGUGCACGCGACUGCGACUCCUUCAGACGCGUCACUGCCACCUUCAACCCGCCUCUCUCGAGAGCAUGGCAGCGGCCCUGCGGCACGCCACAGGACUGCAAACAUGGGUUCUGUCCCUCAACAAGUUCGGCGACGAAGGGGUCACGGCGCUCACCAAGCACGCGCAGUGCUGGCCCUCACUCACAGAUAUGGAUCUCUCGCGGUGCCGGCUAACCUGUGCAAGCGUCCACGCCCUCAGCCGCGCGCUUCCUCACUGGAGCAAGCUGCAGUCACUGCGGCUGGUGGGCAACGACUUGCGGUGGCAGCCACCGCCGACACUGUCUUCGUCGUCGAGCAAAGUGGAAGGCGGUGAGAACGGGAGGGACAUGGGCGGCCUCUUCGCCUACGACCCAGCCUACAUGAAGGCCCACGGCGGCAGUUUGAAGGUGCCCACCUCCUUCGAGCUCGAGCGGCGUGACCGGAAGGAGGGCCGCCGGCGCUACAGUGGAACGGAGGAGUUCGCCGAGGCGGUGGCACCGAUCGCUCCGCCGCUAGAGGCGCUUGGCGAAGCACUUUCCAUGUGCUCGCAGCUGCGGGUGCUGGACGUGAGUGACAGCGCCAUGGCGGACGCGCAGCUUCUGCAGCUCGUCACCCACUUCACUGGGGCUGCGCUGGAGGAGCUGCGGCUGGCUGCCAACCCCCUCUUCGCCACUGUGCCAGCGCUUGACGCACUGGUCCAGCUGCUGUGGCGCACGCCCAGCCUCUCUGUGCUGGACCUGUCCUUCACCGGACUCGGCGACCUGGGUGUAUCGAUGAUGUGCGACGGUACUGCUGGAAAGGACGGCGGUGUGCUCAAGUCCAUGCCUGGAUUGCACACGCUGCUGCUGUCUGGCUGCGCCGUCGAGUCGCUCGGCUGGGAGUCACUGGCAGCGGCGGUGAGUCAACUCACGUCGCUACGCCACAUCGCCCUGCACCACAAUCGCGUGUCCAAAGUGGCACUGCUCGAGGAGCUCUUGUGCCAACUUGUCACGGUGUCCUCCCUUCAGUCCGUGAACCUAGCGGGGUGCGUGGACUCUACCGAGUCGGUGCGCCGCCUGCAAGACGGUGCGGUGUGCCGUGCCCUUCGAGAGCGCGGAGUGCAAGUGCUCCUCUGA